CUUGCGGGCGAGGUGACAGGACCCUGGCGUAGGGGUUUGGGGGGGGUAAAACGCAGAAUUGUUCACUGCAUCCUUUAAAAUCUUCAGGCAACGGGAACCUUUUGGUGGGACUAAAGUCAGCUUCACGGUGAGGCUGCAAGGACACCACAAGCCGGUUUAAAUUCCCGUGUAGAAGGAUGAGACAGGCUCACUCAAGUCAAGCUCCAACUGAUCCAAGCCAGAGUCAGGCUUCAGGCCGGAAUCUCCCCAGUGUUGAGAAUGCAACCACCAGCAACCAGGAAAAUUUCAAGGAAAAGUUCAAGAGGAUGGUGAGAUUCCAGUGCCGGGAAAAUACUGGCCGCACUUCCAAAACCAUUGAAUGGCUCCUUCCACAGCCUUUCAUCUCUGAGAAGCAGUUCCAAUUCUGCGGACACAUUCUAAACAUCGCACGACACUUUGGUGACAAUUUGGGAUUCUCUGCCACUGUGUGGGAAGCUGCCCUGGUUCUUUGUCAGUACUUUGAACAAGAGAAGAUAAGUUUUACUGGGAGGAAGGUGCUUGAACUAGGGUCUGGAACUGGAAUUGUGGGGAUUCUAGCUGUUCUGUUGGGUGGAGACGUUACCAUGACAGACAAAGAGAAUGUGUUGAGCCAGAUAGAACAUAAUGUCUCUGUCAACAUCCCCGCUGACUGUAGGCAUCGUUCGAAGGUCUGUGCACUUUCCUGGGGUAAGGACCAUAUCAACUUUCCAACCGACUAUGAUUUCAUCCUGGGCGCGGAUAUUGUGUACACCUCCCUCGUCUACCCAUUGCUGUUAAAGACUCUGCUGCAUCUCUGCUAUGGACCGACCAUCAUUUACCUCUCUACCAAAUUACGCAGAGGGAACCACUCCACCUCUUUCCAUGAGGAGGUUUUGCCUAAGCAUUUUAACUGUGAACUUGUCCACAGAGUGGAGGAUAAAAAUAUCAGUGUGUACAAGAUUAGCAAGUUGAAUCCAGCGAUGAAAGAUGACCCUUUGAUGUAGAAUCAAAGAACUGUACAGCACAGAAGAUGGCCGUCCUUUCGGUGCUGGCUCUUUGGUGAUGUUUCUCCCACUUAUCUGCUCUAUAGGAAGGUGGCUCUUACUUAAGAAUGUGGGUGGGAAAAAGCCACUCAACCCUUCGAUACUGCUCUACCAUUUAAUAAGAUCAUGACUAAUCAUGCACUUCAACAUAACUUUCCUGUGCUAUCUCUGUAAUAUGUAGAAAUCCAUUGAGCUUAGUCUUGAAGGUAUUU